AAGGGAGCAAAGCCGAGGAGAGCCAAACCGAGCCAAACCGAGCCGUGCCAGCAUGGCCCAGCCGCGCUGCCGCUCCGUCCUCAUCACCGGUUGCAGCCGGGGGAUCGGACUGGGGCUGGUGCGGGGGCUCGCAGCGGCCAACCCUUCCCCGGACUUCGUCUUUGCUACCUGCCGGUAUCCCGAGAAAGCGCAGGAACUCCAGCAGCUUAGCAAGCAAUACAGCAAUAUCAAGCUCCUCCAACUGGAUGUGGUCUGUGAAAACAGCAUCAAGAAAGUAGUCAAGGAAGUGGAAGAAAUUGUGGGAGACAAAGGUCUGAACUGCCUCAUUAACAAUGCUGGCAUCAAUGUGCUUGCUUCCUUGGAAGAAGUCACAGCGGAGACAAUGCUCACCAUUUAUGAAACUAAUACAGUUGCCCAGCUGAUGGUCACCAAGGCAUUUCUACCCCUUCUGAGGAAGGCAGCCCAGCUGAGCACAGGAAUGGGCUGCCAUAGAGCUGCUAUUAUCAAUAUGUCCUCUCUUGCUGCCUCCAUGCAACUCGUCCAGGCAAAUGAGAUGUUCCUCAAGGUCUACCCCUACAGGAUAGCAAAGACUGCACUGAACAUGAUCACCAGGUGUCUUGCUGCAGACUUGAAAUCAGACGGAAUUCUCUGUAUUUCUUUGCAUCCAGGCUGGCUUCAGACAGACAUGGGCGGAAACAUGGCUCCCAUGCAGGUGCAAGAGGCUAUCCCAGGUAUUCUCUCUGUUCUGGACCGUCUUGGUGAAAAAGAAAACGGUUCCUUCCUGGACUGGCAAGGGGAAACUCUACCGUGGUAGAAGCGUACGGCAUACUACAGAAACGACGUGUCAGUCACUAUUUAAAUUGUGCCACUAAUGUCUGUGUCUCUAGGGUUUUCUUAUAUGCUAGUUGAAAUAGCCAGUCUGAUAUCCAGCCUCUCUCUAGGUGUAUUUGGAAAGUGAGGUGGCUGACUCUUUUACUUGGUAUUGCUACUGCUCUGUUCUAAUGCUUCCUGCAAAUACUACUGUGCUUUUAGUGAUGGGUAUCUCCUGGAACCAUCUAAAAUAGAUAAAAACUGCAAGUUAAAUCCAGGGGCUGGUUCCUCUUCACUUCCAAAACCAAAGCGGGCCUCUUGCUCUCUGCAGAAGUAAAUGACCUGACCUCAGUGUAAGGCCAGCGUAGGCUGUCAGAUUCCAGUAUGUCCAGUCUGCUAGAGACAUCUCUCUGGAAAAGGUCCUUCGGUUUCUUUCAGUCCUAACUGUGCCAAGGCUAAAAUUGCCCAGCUCUGAAGUAUGUGAAUUUGGUACUUCUGUAAAUUCCUCAGCAACCUCCGAGUGACCCCAGGCUGACAGCACACACCAGGCCGUUGCUUGGCUCCCAGUGGGUGACUAACAUCCUGAUAUGGGGGUGGGAAUGUUGUUUUGUACAUAAACUUCUAAAGUGUCUUCAAUAAAGUCUUGUUUAAACAAACA